AAUGACGCGUUAUUAGCUACCGGUAGAGAGCGGGAAGCCCGGCUGCUGUGGUGUUGCUCGCUCCUAAAGGAACCACUGACUGUCUCGGACAGACUCGCCCACCUUUUGAGCCUUUCUUUCCCCUCCUUUUCGUCGCUCUGUCCCGAACGCCGAGCACCAUGGACCGAGAGCACUUUGUGUACCAGGCGAAACUUGCCGAGCAAGCGGAGAGAUACGACGAAAUGGUGGAGUCUAUGAAAAGCGUUGCAGGGAAGGAUGUGGAACUAACGGUGGAGGAGAGGAACCUGCUGUCUGUGGCGUAUAAGAAUGUAAUCGGUGCACGGAGAGCUUCGUGGAGGAUAAUCAGCAGCAUCGAGCAGAAGGAGGAGAGCAAAGGCGGAGAAGACAAACUCAAAAUGAUCCGCGAGUACAGGCAAACGGUUGAGAACGAGCUUAAAUCUAUCUGUAACGACAUUCUGGAUGUACUGGACAAACACCUCAUUCCUGCAGCCAACACGGGCGAGUCGAAGGUUUUCUAUUACAAAAUGAAGGGUGACUACCACAGGUACUUGGCAGAGUUCGCUACAGGCAACGACAGGAAGGAAGCCGCUGAGAACAGCUUGGUAGCGUACAAAGCAGCCAGCGACAUCGCCAUGAUCGAGCUGCCGCCGACACACCCCAUCCGCCUGGGCCUGGCACUUAACUUCUCUGUCUUCUACUACGAGAUCCUUAAUUCUCCAGACCGCGCCUGCAGGUUGGCAAAGGCGGCUUUUGAUGAUGCGAUAGCAGAACUGGACACGCUCAGCGAGGAGAGCUAUAAGGACUCGACACUUAUCAUGCAGCUGCUACGCGACAACCUGACACUAUGGACUUCAGACAUGCAGGGAGACGGUGAAGAACAGAGUAAAGAAGCACUGCAGGAUGUGGAAGAUGAGAACCAGUGAGACGUCACCACGUGGGACGGUCUUUUCUCUCUUUCUCUCUGUCUGUCUGUCUGUCUGUCUCUCUCUCUCUUGCAUCCCAAAUCUCUGGUCCCGCCCCUCUCAGGUCUUCAUGGUGUCAGCGAAAGAGCUCCGAAGUCACCCUGUCUCCUUCAGCACUCGCUCUUUCUCUCUUGUAUGUCAGUUUAUCGUCCUGCUUUCUUGGGUUACUCCCUGGGCAUUUUUAAAUGUGGUGUUUCAUCGCCCCCCUUUCCUCCAUCAGAUCCACACAUCAUGAAUUGACCUCCUGAGCGAAUAGGCAUUGUGGAGAAAUUCCCCUGCUGGUUUAUUUGUAUUAAACUCGCCAAGUGUUGUCUGUGUACCGGCUUAUUUUAUGUCUCACUUUGCUUUUAAUUCAGCAUGCGGUAGCGGUACGGCAUCAUUUUCCUCUGUUCCAUGAUUGGCAGAGUUAAUAUUUCUAUAAUCACGUACACAUUGCUGACUGUGUCAUGGCAGCUGGGAUGAUAAAUCUUAGCCGUCUGUUUUGGGAGAUGCAACACCCUGCGAAGGACAUUUUUAUUUUAUCCCCCCCUCUGCUUGGUUUUAAAGGGAUUCCUAUUAAAUUUUUUAGGUGUCCAUUUUAAAGCAGGCUCUCUGAGUCAUUGUGUUUUGCUGUCCCUUUAUUCCCGUUGCUUUACACACACACGCACACAUCGGUCUCUAUGCAGAACGUUGCUACAGCACUGUAUUUGAACACAUGCUUCUGUCUAAUCAUUAAAAAAAAAAACCCAGGGGAACUCCUUAGAUUUUUAUUAAGUUUUUUUUCUUUUUCUAUUUGUCUAAAUUGGUUCAGAAUUCCCCCUCCCCCCCGUCAGCUAUAUCCCUUUUUCCUGCUCCCAUUUUCUCUCUCUAGAACUUUGUCGUUUUCUUCUCACACGUUCAGUAUGUGUAACUUGAAUCUGAUUUGUACUACUGGAUAUUCUGAUCGGAGCCAACACGCACCAUCUGUAUUCUUACUGAAACACAGCAUGGGAUUAACUUUAACCCUCAAAUAAAACCAAACCUAAGUUAAAAAAAUAAG